AUCUGCAACUUCCUCGAGUGCGGCAGCCUGUUCGGCGGCUCGGACUACAAACUGAUCUACCGGCACUAUGCCACGCUGUACUUUGUUUUCUGCGUGGACUCCUCGGAGAGCGAGCUGGGCAUCCUGGACCUCAUCCAGGUGUUUGUGGAGACACUGGACAAAUGCUUUGAGAAUGUCUGUGAGCUGGACCUCAUCUUCCACAUGGACAAGGUUCACCACAUCCUGCAGGAGAUGGUGAUCGGUGGGAUGGUGCUGGAGACCAACAUGAAUGAGAUCGUGGCACAGGUGGAGGCCCAGGGCAAGCUGGAGAAGGCAGAGGGAGGCCUCUCGGCCGCUCCUUCCCGCGCUGUGUCAGCCGUGAAGAACAUCAACCUGCCCGAGAUCCCCCGCAACAUCAACAUCGGGGACAUCAACAUCAAAGUGCCCAACCUGUCGCAGUUCAUGUGAGCAGCCCAUGGCAGGGGCCAAGCAGAGCUGGGGUCCCUGGCUCCUCUCAAGGACUGCCUGUGUGGUACCCAGGGGCCAGUGUUGCCAGGAUACCUGGGCUGACCGAGGGCAGGGAGCAGUGGCAGGGCUCAGAGAAUGGGAUGGAGGGUGUCUCACCCUGGACCUGGGCUCAGUUCUGCUCUCUGGUCCCUCAAGAAGGCGGGUGCCCUUCCUUCCCCUCCCUCCCCAUGGAAGUGCAACCUCUCCUCACUGGGGGGAAGAGCCGGUUCCUGCCUCUCCCAGGAUUCUUGGGAUUCCCAGUGGUAAAUGCAUGCCUGUAGUGACAGCUUCAUCAGGAGCUGCAGGUUGUCUUCUCCAUCCUCCUGGCCAUGGCUGUCCCCUGCCCUGGUCCUGCUCACUGGGAUGGGCCCCAGCUGGGUGGGGGUCACUCCUGGGAGCUGCUGCAAACCCUGGGCACAGUGUGGGGGGGACCCGUGGGAGCAGGGACAUGGCAGCGAGAGGGAUGGGAGCUGAGUGAGCUGGGGGAUGAGCAGGUGGCAGCUCACAGGGUCAGGCCAGGCUGGGGCUGCUUGAGUGUGUUCCUGUGUCCCAAUAAACUGCCCUUGAACCCG